UGCUGCUUCUCGUGCUAUCUUUGUUUGUUAGUUAGCUUAGCUUGUUAGCUGCUAACAGAAGACACAUAAGUUAUCAACACAUCGCUAAGUAGAGAUCAAGUGUGAGAGUAAAGUGUUGUGAUUGUGUGAAAAUGUCUACAUUACAAAUGUUGAGAGCGUUGGUGGAUCAGCGACUAACUGCUGCCGUUGAAGAAAUAUUUGUAGUGUUAGAAAGAACGAUAGCAGAAUACGAGGCGGAACUUUCGAGAACAAAGGAGGAAAACAAUCAACUACUGGACGCUCUUUUCACGAAACAUCAAGUUGUGUUACACAGAACAGUCCCGCAGACGUCGAAGAAGAACCUCUACCUCAUGAGCAGGAGGAGGAACCACAGUCCUCCAACAUACAUAAGGAAGAAGAGGUACCACAUUCCCAACACAUUAAGGAUGGAGGAUGUAAGAGAGGAUCCACAGCCCACCGACAUUAAAGAGAAAGACGAGACGCCACAGACCCGUAGUGUUAAACUGACCCUUCACAUUAAAGGGCAAGCGGGGGAACCACUGAUCUUACAUAUCAAAAAGGAAGAGGAUGAUCCACUGACCCCUCACAUUAAAAAGGAAGAGGAGGACCCUCCGACCCCCUACUUUAAAGAGGAAAAGGAGGACAAAGAGCCGCCGCACAUUGAAGAGGAAGAGGAGGAAUACCACAUCAGUCAGCCUAAAUGGUUGGAGGAGUUCCCAGUGACUGGUGUCCCUGUGAAGAGUGAAGAUGAUGAAGUCAAAGGUGAAAGUGAGGAGAAGAGAGAGGCGGAGCCUCCAAGCAGCAGCUCAACACAACACAUCAAUCAAUCAAUGUCAAUCAAUGUUUAUUUAUAUAGCCCUAAAUCACAAAUGUCUCAAAGGACUGUACAAAUCAUUACGACUACGACAUCCUCGGAAGAACCCACAAAAGGGCAAGGAAAACUCACACCCAGUGGGCAGGGAGAAUUCACAUCCAGUGGGACGCCAGUGACAAUGCUGACUAUGAGAAACCUUGGAGAGGACCUCAGAAGUGGGCAACUCCCCCCCUCUAGGGGACCGAAAGCAAUGGAUGUCGAGCGGGUCUAACAUGAUACUGUGAAAGUUCAAUCCAUAGUGGCUCCAACACAGCCGCGAGAGUUCAGUUCAAAGCGGAUCCAAGACAGCAGCGAGGGUCCCGUCCACAGGAAACCAUCCCAAGCGGAGGCGGAGCAGCAGCGUAAAGAUAUCCCCAACCAAUACACAUGACAACAGAAGCUGAUGGAGACCACUGUGGAGGAUCACAAGCAGACAAGCUCUUAGCUCCACUAUCAGAUAGUGAGGACACAACGUCACACUCUCCUGACACUGAUGAUGAAGACUCUAAAGAUGAUAAGACAUGUCACACUGACAACACUCACUUCAUAUGUUCUCACUGUGACAAAACUUUUAAAUACCUUUGUCGUCUGAAAAGACACAUGAGAACACACACUGGAGAAAACUUAUUUACCUGUUCACUCUGUAGUAAGGGUUUUGCACAAAGUCACAAUUUGAAAAGACACAUGAGAAUACACAACGGAGAAAAACCUUAUGUCUGUUCAAUCUGCAGUAAAAGUUUUGUACAAAGAAACAAUUUGGAAGUACACAAGAGAACACACACUGGUGAAAAACCUUUUUCCUGUUCAACCUGUGGUAAAGGUUUUACAGAACUUCAGAGUUUGAAAAGACACAUGAGAGCACACACUGGUGAAAAACCUUUUUCCUGUUCAACGUGUGGUAAAGGUUUUACACAAAGUCAGAAUUUGGAAAGACACAUGAGAACACACACUGGGGAAAAAUUACAUUCCUGUCCAAUCUGCAACAGAAGCUUUUAUGAACGAUCAAACCUUGUUAGACACAUGAGAAGACACCCAGGAGAGAAAGUGUUGAGUUGCAGUGUGUGUGGUGAAAGAUUCUCUUCUAAGUACCAGUGUAAGAAACACAAGUGUGCUGGUGAGAACAGCAGCAGCAAAUGAAACUGCAGGAUUUGAAAUAAACUGUCAAAACUUUAA